AUGGGGCGAAAUUGUAAGUGUACAUUUCCUUUUAAACGCAAUUCGGAUUACCGUACACCGUUGUUCAUUUUCGCAUAUGAUGUCUUCAGGUUAUUGGCUUUCGCAGCAAAGAAUGCCCACCCACAGGCUGACAUAAACCAUGUCGAAACUGUAUUGCAAGAGGCAGAAGGCAUCGUGAUGGGGGAACAUCAAAUUCCUAUGCUGCAAAACUCAUUUGACAGCGGGAUCUACAUCUACCACUACCUCAAAGCUCUUGUUGACUCUAGCUUUGAGACUGUACGCGAAUGGAUUGGGUUCCGCGGUGUGAGUGCAUUGCAAUACCGUCGUUCAAUCCGCACAGACAUCUGCGAGCACGCCGAGGGGAAGCUGUUGCCAAAGCUGGCGGAGCUCGGCAUCAACGUCCCUCCACAGAACACUGGGACAGUGACAGAUGAUGGGACUGUUGUACAGCCAAAUGACGCUGAUGUUCGCGCGAAACUAGCAAAACUGCACACGGAAGUUCAGGUGAUGGAGCGUGAGGUGACAAUCCUCAAGGCCAGAGUCAUCGCUAUUGGGCAGGUACUUGGGUACACUCAAGACCAGCUGCUAGUGGCAGCAGCGUAUGUCCUGCAACAAAGCGGUACAGGGGGGAGCAGCAAGUCUGUCGGUGCAGGGAUUAACAUUGCUCCGUCCACACCCCAGCAGCCAUUGGGGAAUGCGGAUUAUUUCGGGUUCCCACGGUCCAUGGUGUUCGCCAUGCCAGAAACUGGGAGGGUGGCGACAUUGGACAGUGAUGACGACGCUGGCAAGAAAUGCACCUCGUUUUUUGUCUGCAAGAGUGGCAGUACUCAGCUGCCGCGGUACACUGGUGUGCGUCGCGAACGUACGACCGGGAAGUGGGGUGUCAAGCUUUUGGUGAUGGAAGAUGGGGUUCGGUCACAAAUCCGAUUGGGGGCGUAUACAUCCAAGGAGGAGGCAGCAUAUGCAUACGCCGCAGCGGCCUUUGUGACUCGUCCAGAAGAGAGUAUAUCGGACACAAAGCAGCUGUCGGCGGCCGAGAAACGCAUACUUGAUGGGUGCAACAAGGGCAUCAUGCGAACUCUCGCUCGAGCGCGCAAGUGGUGGCGUUGGAGAGAGUGGCGCAAGGUGUAUGAGGAGGAGGAACGCAAGGGGGCAGACGGAAAUCAGAUGUCAGCGACACAUUCAUGCGCUAAGAGGAGGAAGAAGGAUGAGAAGAUGUAUAGAGAAGUGAAUCGUGAUGGACUGGGUGGAGACGCGACUGUUUUCAAGGAUGUGCACGCAUCCAAGGAUGGAAUGAAGGACUCAAGGACGAAUCUGGAUAGUGUCAUCGUGGACAUCACCAAUGAUACGGGAGAGGACAAUCCCGAAUCAUCCGAGACCGAGGAUGCCUAA